AUGGAGGAGGCGUGGGUGUCCCGAGCCCCUUUAGACAACCAAGCCAACACCCAAGUCACGACGAGGGUGACAUUACCAAGACCACACAACGCCUUGACCCCAACAAUGAAUCAUGUCGCCGACCUACCCCAAGACAGGAGCCAUUGGCUCCCUGACAAGAGACACUACCAGAGGAGGAGCAGGGUGCAGGAGAGAGGACAACUAGAGAACCUCGGGGGACCUUCGACAGAAGGUCCCAAGAGGGGAUCAACUUGUUUAACUUACAAGAGCGGAGUUGGACAUGAUCAUAACCGAGGCGGUGGUCCAAGUAUUGUCUCCACACAGUGGCGAAACAACAUUGAGGGCCGGAGUGGCGCCGGCCCUCCCAAAAAAAAAAAAAUUGAGGGUUUUGGUGAGAGGUUGAGGCAAUCGAAGGGGCUGGAAAUGGAAGGGCGCCCUUUGAGCGCCCUUCCGAUGCCGCCGGAGGCCCGAAAGAAGAUGAAUCUGGACCCUCCCCGUGCUGGGAUACUGGUUUCGCCACUGUCUCCACAUAUCUCUAGUAGCAAACAAGAUCUAAAUCGAGGUCAAUUAGACAUGGCUGUUUAUGCAGCCGUGCUUUCCCUGAUUCAUACCAUAGAUCAGAUUCAGAAUCAUCCCCGCCCUCCGGUUUCUCUUGACACAAGACAGGUUCAAUCUCUAUAUGAAAAGCUCAAAUUCUUUCAAAACUUUCUCGAGAAUUAUUCCAUUGAUGAUGCUUCCAGCAAAGAUUUAGAGGGCUUGGUGAGUCGCAUAGCCGAUGUAGCAUAUGAAGCAGAGGAUAUAAUUGAAUCCCAUAUAGCCGAUCAGAAUGAAGCUGCAAAAGCCAGAAGCACUACUAAGAAGGAAAAUAUCAGUCCUAUUGACUUGUAUCAAGGUCUCGAGAAAGUUUUGUCAAACUUAGAUCUGAUCGAAAGAGACGUGAAGGAAAUUAUACAGCAUAAAGGAAUUCAACUGCAAAGAAAUUACUCAAUUCCAACUGGUCGGCCGCCUAUAUCUCCUUCAAUGGUGGGUCUCGAUGAUAUAUUGCACAAAGCCAUGGAUAAGCUGACCGGCCAACAAUCGAGUCGCCAGGUCAUCCCCAUUGUUGGGAUGGGUGGGAUUGGUAAGACAACUCUUGCUAGAAACAUAUAUGUAAAUCCGCUUAUUGUUGAACACUUUCAAUUUCGUGGUUGGGCUACAAUUGCUCAAGAAUCUGAUUGGAAAGAGAUUCUUUUGGAAGUCUUUGUUUGUCUAAAUACCAUAGGGAGCAGGGAAAGCUUGAGUGAAAUGGGGGAGCAUGAAUUAGGAGAAAAAUUAUACAAAAAUUUAUCGGGUAGAAGGUAUCUGAUUGUGAUGGAUGACGUGUGGAGCACCGAUGCGUGGGAUAGGAUAAAGUUUUUCUUUCCGGAUAACAAUAACGGGAGUAGGAUAGUGAUAACCACUAGGCUAUCCAACUUAGCUUCUCAGUUGAGUGGCUCUAGUGGCCUUGAGAUGGGUUUUCUAGACGAGGAUAACAGUUGGAACUUAUUUCGAAAAAACGUGUUUGGAGAUAAGGAUUGCCCUAUGGAGUUGGAAGAAAUCGGUAAGCAGAUAGCAAGAGGUUGUAAAGGCCUUCCUUUGUCGAUUGUUGUGAUCGGUGGACUGUUGGCGAAGUCUAACCAGACAAGAGAACACUGGAAUUACAUUUUGGAGAAUUUGAAUUCGGUUGUGAAUUUAGAUGACAACGAACGUUGCUUGAGAAUAUUAAGUUUGAGCUAUAAUCAUUUGCCGGUUCAUCUAAAGCCGUGUUUUCUUUACAUGGGAAUAUUCCCCAAGGACCGUCUGGUUAAGGCCUCCACGCUUGUCAAGCUUUGGGUAGCUGAAGGGUUUUUGAAACCGAUUAACGAUAAAACAAUGGAAUUAGCCGCUGAGAAGUACUUAAAGGAUCUUGUCCGGAGAAAUCUAGUUUUAGUUGGGGAGCUCGGGUAUUAUGGAAAUAUUAAACUUUGCAGGGUCCAUGAUCUCUUGAGGGACCUAUGCAUUAAAGUAGCCGAGAAGGAGAGUUUUUUCUGUGUGGCAACCACAGAUAAUCCUAACACGGGGCAAAAGUGGCACACUCAACGUCGAAUAGGUAUUCAUAGACAGGAAAUGAGUUUCAAACACAUUCCCGAAUCACUCUGUAAGAACGUGAAAUCUGCAUCGCUCGCUCGUUCGGUGAUUUGUAAUGUCGAUAGAGUUGCACCUGCACGAAGUCCCGCUCGAUUGUUGAGGGUUUUUCACCGGAUCAAAGUUCUUUACCCGAAAUAUAAAUAUGAUCUGAAAUAUAUGUUCCGACCGAUCAACUUGCGCCACCUGGCAGCCGCAGCAUGGCUACCGAUUUCCGGCGAGUUUCCGCCUUUAUUCUACCACCUCUGGAAUUUGCAGACUUUAAUCGUUGACCAUGAUAUUUGGGGCGUUAUUCCUACUCCACCGAUAAUCGACAUCUGGAAAAUGCCUCGACUCAGGCAUAUAAAUGUCUAUGAUUUCCAUCUCCCGGAUCCCCCGAGCAAUUUUGAUGAUUCUUACAUCUUGCAUGAUUUACAGACGCUAAAGACUGUUUCAAUUUCCGAGUGGAGUGAAGAAGCAGCCAGGAGAAUCCCGAACAUCAAGAAACUGAAUCUAAGGCUACCGUACACAGAAUCCUCGUCAAGUAAUCAUUACCAGCUUGAUAAUCUUUGCCGUCUGAAUAAGCUGGAAUCACUUUCUUGCAGUUUUUAUAGUGCGAAAGAUCCGUUAGUAUUCUGGGGCCAUGACUUGGCUAUGAGCCUCGUUUUUCCGCAUACUCUUAAGAAGUUGACUUUGUCACGUGCUUGUCUCCUCUGGGAAGACUUGGCGGAAAAAGUUGGAUAUCUUCCGAAUCUUCAGGUGCUCAAGCUGAAAAUUUGUUCUUGCAAAGGAUCUGUGUGGGAAACUGUUGAAGGGCAGUUCUGUAGCCUCAAAGUCUUGGAGAUCGAUAGUUGGCCUGACCUGGAAUACUGGAUGAUGGAGAACUGGACCCACUUUCCUUGCCUCGAGAGACUCAUUCUCGGUGACUUGCCUAAUUUGAAGGCCAUUCCUCAAGAAAUUGGAGAUGUGCCGACUCUGAAAUCGAUCGAGUUGAAAUAUUGUAAGGAAUCACUCAUUAUUUCGGCUAAGGAGAUGGUGAAAGUGCAGCAAGAGGAUAUGGGGAAUGAGGGACUUUUGGUGAGUGUUGUGCUGUAUCACAAGAACCAAGUGGUGGAAUGCUUGGCUAGUCCGGCUACAUCCAAGCUCCCGUCUAGAAUGUGCACGGGUACGUGA